CCAUACAAACUCAAUUCCAAGAGCAAUAACAUAUUUUCGUUCGUCUUUUUCCCCCUGUAAUGGCAAGACAAUGGAAUUCCCAUCCACUUCUCGUAACGUGCUGCCUAUUGGCGCUCUGGUUCGGAAAGAAGCAAUGGGUUAUCGGCGAGCCGGUAACACCCUGCUUUUUCAUUUUCGGGGACUCGUUGGUUGACGGCGGGAAUAACAACUUUCUCAACACCGCAGCUAAAGUCGAUUACCUCCCUUACGGCGUCGAUUUCCCCGGCGGCCCCACCGGCCGAUUCUCCAACGGCAAAACCGUGGCCGACGUGAUUACUGAACGCCUGGGACUUCCCAACUACAUUCCAGCAUUUGCAUCGGCGAUCCCGGCGACGGGGCUGCUCCAAGGUGUGAACUAUGCUUCUGGGUCGGCCGGAAUCCUCGUCGAGACCGGCAAAUUUCAGGGAAACAACAUAGAUCUGAGCAAGCAGUUGAGCAAUCACCAAGUGACGGUGUCACGUUUCGGGGAAGUGUUGGGAAACGAGGGAGCCGUUUCGAAUCGGCUGAAGCAGUGCCUGUACUAUGUCAAUAUUGGGAGCAACGACUACAUCAACAACUAUUUCCUUCCCCAGUUCUCCAACGCCAGCAAGGAGUACUCGCCGGGCAUAUUCGCCUCCCGUCUCGUGGGCCGAUACUAUAAUCAGAUCAAGACGCUUUACAACUUGGGAGCGAGGAAGAUAGCUUUGGCCGGGAUUUCAAAAGUCGGAUGCACCCCCUUCGCCAAGACAAUCGCCGGCAGAAAAGGCUGCGUGGAUUCCCAGAACGAAGCCGUCGUCCCUUUCAACAAACUUCUCAGGAACCUCGCUGGCAGACUCAACCAAGAUUUCCAUGACGCCAAAUUCGUCUACCUCGACACCAUGGCCGCUACCGACCUUCUUCUCCGAUCUCUUCCAAACACGCAGGAGCCCUGCUGCCAAGUGCAGACCGUAGGCCUUUGCAUCCCCAAUGGAACAUUCUGCGAUCAGAGGGAUUCGUAUGUGUACUGGGACGCCUUCCAUCCAACCCAAGCCGCCAAUUAUAUCGUCGGUCCAUUUCUCUACCAGACUUUGAAACAGAUCUUGUAGCAUGUGAAACGUUUUACAAGUAGGAAUCUAGGAACUGAAUUGGAGUUUCAAUUCAAUGCUUCACAGCUCAAGAUAAUGGGUUCUAAUAAAGAUGGCUUGAUUCU